UAGAGCACCUGCCGGAGCGCUGCCUGGGGAGCCGAGCGCGAGGAACGCGGGGUGCGGGGCAGCUCCUCGCCAUAACGGCGGACAGCCGGGAGCUGUCCCUCCCUCCCUGCCCGGCCCUGGGGAAGGCAGAGCACGGAUCCAACUUCUGCGGGAGUUUUGCAAUUCGGGAAAUUUGUGCCAAAUGCGUUGCAGCGUGAGCGGGGGAAGAUGCUGGGAAGGGCGAAGGGUUAUACAAGAGGCUUUGAGGAGAGGCACAGAGCCCGGUGGGACAGCGGCCCUAGGACCGAGACCUGUCCCUGUCUCUGCCUGUAUUCCUGCCCCUAUCCCACAACAGGGGAUCACGAGGAUCUGCUGAGGAGUCCUUACUUCGCCGGUAGUGGGAGAGGAAAGAAAAGGUUCCCCUGAUCUCUGGUUGCCCUCUUCUAAUACAGGCUAGCAUUAGGCUGCAUCUGGUGUGAGCCUCCCCUUUAUCCCUAGAUGUUGUCAGGUUGUAUCAGCGUGAUCUGCUCUGGAUGGGACUCUCUGAGGACAGGGUGCGAGAGCAAGCUCUGUUUUUAUGGCUGGUGUGGCUCUUGGACGCAGAGACAGAGGGGAUUUACCAGCACAUGGCUGGGGCGUGUGCACACAGGUGCCCCAUCACCUGCGCGGCCAAAGGGACAUGCUCCUUGCAGAGCAGCUGGCCUGGAGCAGGGUAGCAUGGCAGUGCCAGUGCUGGUUCUUCAGGAACAGGGCAGGCCCCAUGGCUGGAGUUUUGAGGAGUAAGUUCAGAAGUAGUCUGCAUCCCACGGCUGUGGCUCUGUGUCUUUCUUACUUGACCCCACUCUGCUUGGCAGACUCCAGCUGCCCACUAUUCCAUCCAAAAGAGGGAAGCUGCAGAGCCAGGGGUUUGCUGUGCCAGGGUUUAACGGGAAGAGACCUAAUGAGAGGGGGCUGCAGCAGGGGAUCUGCCCCAUAGGGGAUAAUGUGUAGAGAAGGAGUAAUGCACUUUAGAGAAGCUGACUGAGCAGGUGGCUAAAGGAGAUAGGAGCACCAGAAUUGGAGAGGCUUCCAUAGAUAUGUGAUACUGUUGUCCAUAUCAGACAGAGCUAAAUGGUCAGCAAGACAAAAGGGACACAAAGUUUAGGCCUUGUUUUCAAAUUUUUUUUAGGAAAUUCACUGAGACAAAGGUCAGCGCUCUUCUCUGGUGCGUUUCAACUGGUGGCCAAUUGUAGCUGAGGGAAACCAGUGGAGCGGGAUGCGUGUCUCUUGUUAAUCCCUUUGUGCUGCUGAGAACCUGAAUUGUCAUCUUUCCCCCCCCUCAGGUGAGAAGCUGAGGAGAGAAAUAAGCUUUACGUACUGGCAUUAAGGCCGGCGAGCUCAGGCAUCGUAAGGACCGUCAGGGAAACAAAUUUGGGACCAUCCAGGCUGUUCGAGGAAGGCUUUCCAUCGACACCGGUGCAGUGGAAAAGAGACAGGUGGCAGAGAGUGCCCAUUGCGGUGUGUCUCAGGCACACACAGCGCCAACAAUAUGCCGAAGCAGGUAGAAGUGCGGAUGCAUGAAAGUCAUUUGAGUCCAGUGGAGCACAGAUCUGGGAACAUAUGUGUGCAAUUCUUCAAGUCGCUCCGCAGGAAUCUGCUCCUGACUCUUACUGUAUUUGGUGUCAUCCUGGGUGCAUUAUGUGGGGGUCUUCUUCGUCUAGCAACGCCUAUUGACCCUGACAUCAUCAUGUUAAUAGCCUUCCCAGGAGAUAUACUUAUGAGGAUGCUAAAAAUGUUGAUCCUCCCUUUAAUUAUCUCCAGUUUAAUCACAGGACUGUCUGGUUUAGAUGCUAAAGCAAGUGGCCGAUUGGGAACGAGAGCCAUGGUCUACUACAUGUCCACCACUAUUAUUGCUGCCGUGCUGGGUGUGAUUCUGGUUUUAGCUAUCCAUCCAGGAAAUCCAAAACUCAAGAAACAGCUUGGUCAAGGGAAGAAGAAUGAUGAAGUAUCUAGUCUGGAUGCUUUCUUGGAUCUGAUCCGAAACCUGUUCCCUGAAAAUCUAGUCCAAGCAUGUUUUCAGCAGAUCCAAACUGUCACCAAGAAAGUGCUGGUGCCACCACCCAUUGAAGAGCCGCCUAAUGUUACUGACUCUGCUUUUGCUCUGAUGAAUGAGACAGUGCGUGAAGCACCACCAGAAGCCCAGCUAGUCAUUAAGAAAGGACUCGAAUUUAAGGAUGGCAUGAACGUCCUGGGUUUAAUAGGAUUCUUUAUUGCUUUUGGCAUUGCUAUGGGGAAAAUGGGAGAACAAGCCAAGAUGAUGGUGGAUUUCUUCAAUAUCCUGAAUGAGAUCGUAAUGAAGUUAGUAACUAUGAUUAUGUGGUAUUCCCCUUUGGGCAUUGCUUGUCUCAUCUGUGGAAAAAUCAUUGCAAUCAAGGACCUUGAAGUAGUUGCUAGACAACUUGGCAUGUACAUGGUAACUGUGAUUGUGGGCCUUGUCAUCCAUGGAGGAAUCUUCCUGCCUCUGCUUUACUUUGUGAUAACGAGGAAAAGCCCCUUUUCAUUCCUUGCUGGGAUUUUCCAGGCGUGGAUCACAGCACUAGGCACAGCUUCCAGUGCUGGAACAUUACCUGUCACAUUCCGCUGUCUUGAGGAAAACCUAGGCAUUGAUAAGCGUGUAACGAGGUUUGUUCUUCCUGUUGGAGCAACUAUUAACAUGGAUGGAACUGCCCUUUAUGAAGCUGUGGCUGCCAUUUUCAUAGCACAGAUGAACGGAAUUGAGCUGGAUGGAGGCCAGAUAGUUACUGUGAGUUUGACUGCCACUCUUGCAAGUGUUGGAGCUGCCAGUAUUCCCAGUGCUGGACUCGUCACUAUGCUUCUCAUCCUGACUGCAGUGGGUCUCCCUACCCAGGACAUCAGUUUGCUUGUUGCUGUUGACUGGCUAUUGGACCGGAUGAGAACAUCAGUCAAUGUAGUGGGGGAUUCUUUUGGUGCUGGCAUCGUCUACCACCUUUCCAAGGCAGAACUUGACAGCAUUGAUUCUCAUCAUAAAGAGCACGAAGACAUUGAAAUGACCAAGACUCAGUCUAUCUAUGACGACAUGAAAAAUCAUAGGGAAAACAACUCAAACCAGUGUGUUUUUGCAGCUCACAACUCAGUCAUAGUAGAUGAGUGCAAGGUAACACUGGCAACCAAUGGCAAAUCCGCAGACAUCAGUGUUGAAGAAGAGCCUUGGAAACGUGAAAACUAAGGGAAGAGAUUCCCAGCUCCAUCUUUAAUAAAUCCUGAAGCUUUCUUCUGGUAAAAGAUAUCACGAUCAAGGAAGAUUUUUUUUUUCUCUCUCUCUCUCUCUUUUUUUUUUUUUAACAUCUACAGUUUCUGCUUAAUUUCUUAACUGACACUUAGCAAAGAUCUCAUAUAGUCAAUGUAGUGUCUUUGCCAAACAGUGAUCCAUAACCAUCUGUCUCCCUUGUGUUACUGUUUGGACAAUGCAGCUGAAGAAUACUCCAUGCAGUGUGAUGUGUUCUCACCUGCCUUCCUGUUCAUUCAAGACGCAGAGAAUGUAAAUGCUGCAAAAUGGAAAGAUCAUAAUGCCAGUACGGCUCACUAAAGGGACUCAGGGUCACAAAUAGUUACAGAAAAAUAUAACUUCAUGCAAGCCUUCUAGUGAUUCAGUGACUCUUGUGGCAUAAUUGAUCUAGUUAGCACUGUAUGGCUGAAACAGCUUUUGAAAGUGUCCAUAAAGUUUUCUAUUUGUUACAAUAAUAAUAAGCUCCUGACAUGGGAAGCACUGAAUUUUUGUGCCUAGUUGUACUUCAAACAGAACUGAGAUCCAGGGGCAAGAUUACUAUGUGGAAGUCAAUAAAUGAUCCCGGACUUUUUGUUAGACUAGUACAAUUAAUAUUUGGCAUUAAGACCUUAGAUUUGCAUGUGCAUGCGAUGUAUUUUUAUCAGCUGUCCAGGGCAGAUGCCACCCCCAUUUUAUUAGGUCACAUUUUAUUGUGACCGCAGUGCAUCACGUAACACAAGGCAGUAUUAUUGCAGGGGUGAUCAUUCCUAAAUCCAUGCCAAUUGUACAAAACAUAGAGCACCAUGGGCUCAAUUAUGUCAUUCUUAAUCAAAGUAGGUAGCACCUUAUUAUUCACCCUAUUUCACUGAUGUCAGAGGGAGUCUUCAUGAGGAAGGGGCUACUCAAAUAAGAUACUACUGAAUGUGAGCAAGGAUGUCAUGACUGGGUACUUGAUAAUGCUCUGUAAGUAAAUUCUGAGUAUAUUACACUAAGAAAUUGGGAAGUUUUGAAUGUAACCAUCAGUGGCAUGAAGUGUCUUCCAAGCAUGCCAUAUGUCACAGAAUGACUAAAUCCUGAAAUUACUAGUAAGCCAAAUUCCUGGUUAAGGUUACUAGAAUUUGGCCAGGAUUUGGACUGAUGAAGAAUAAGCUAAAGUUAUAGGAUUUAGACCAAUGCAUUGAAUAUAUCCUUCUGUCUUUCUCUCCUUUGCAGAGUAAUGAUUCAUAUAAAUCUCUUGUCAGAAAAGUUUCUAAGAGUACAUGGCAUCUGCAUUAGAAAGAUGGUGUUUUGUUAACGUACUAUAGCUUAUUCAUCCUAUCAGAAGAAAUUGCAGUUGCAAUAAUCGCCUUGUGUUUUUAAAGGUGCUUGUUAAUACUUUGCAAUUUUGAGACUCUGGUGAAUGCCUCUCUACUACUAACGAUGUUCUAUAGCAAAUCUGAGCCAGGUGGACCCUGUGAGGCUGUACCCACAGAGUGGGCCCUGUGCAGGGUCUGGGGGAACUCUCAGGGGUUCUCAGGAAUGGUGAGCUUAGAAAUGGCAGAGAAAAGAGCUAAAACAUUUAGAGACAUGGGCAAUUCAGCAUCUGUGCUCAAGACCUGUUGUAGGUCUAAGCAGAAGUUGUGUGUUUAACUGUGGACUGUAUUUGGCUCUAUAGAAGCUAUUAGAAUAUAAAUAUAAUGUGCUUUUCCUCCUCUGCAUUCAUAUAAAGACCUCUGAAAAAGCUGCACACGCUCUUAAUUAUGUGCAAGUCGAAGUUCACUGUCAGAGCACCCCUUGUCAUGCUUUCAUUGGUGUGGAAUAUUUUUUUGUCCUUGUAUUUUGUUCUCACAACUCAUCACAAUGAUCCUAAGCAAGUCAGCUUGAAUAAUCUAGCAAGUAUAGAACCACUGUGAAUUCUGUAGGCCUUUAAUAUGUAUCAGAGGUGGAUACCUUUUCUACAGGUCUUGUGAAUCAUCUUAAGGAUGAUUUGUGAUGUACAGAACAGUAGAAUAUCCAGAGAAGUGGUAGGCAGGUGGUCUUUUUUCUUUGGUCACUGAUAUCAAAAUAACCAGAACUAACCUUCAGUUGCUGCUUCUCUGAAUACGUAAGAGAACCAAUGCGAAUACUUUAAGAAAGUGCAUUUGUGAUGGCAAGGGUAGGAAGCAGGAGGUCACUGACUUUGCUCUGUUUGUGUUGAACAGAAUGUCUGGGUAUUAAGAUUAUCUCGGGAUUGGGGCCCUAGUCUGCAGGUGAAAACAACGUUACUUGCGGAUUAAGUGCCGGAGAUGUGCCUGGGGAGGCUGCAGGUGCCCCAAAGCCUUCCCUCCUCUGAGGGUGCAGGCUUGUGCUGUGAGCAGCUUGCUGACACUGGAGCGCCGGGCCUGCCUGAGAGCAAGACGCCGUAUUUGUGGCUGGUUAGGGCAGUGGUGAACAAGGGGCAGCACCUGGCAGCCCGGCUCGGAUGCCUGCUCACCAGCCUGAAGAGCAGCCACAGCAACCACAGGUCUUGUGAGUGAAUUUGGAAAACCAGUCCGUAGACUUCUAGCUGUAUUUUGAAAGUGUUCAGUGGUUGGAAAUGAAAAGGGAUGCCAGCAAUGUGUGACUGGGCAGCUCCUCAAAAUUGCAUAUUGAGAAACACUUACAAUGUGCUUACGCAUAUCCGCUUGGGACGUGCUGUCUUUUGAAGAAUGGUUCUUCGGAUGGAGACUAGGGGAGGAAGGAAUGAGACGUUAGAGAAACUCCACCCACACAGGGGAAAAUAAAUGUGGGCCUUUUGACGGGACUGGAAUAGCAGGCUGUGAUUUUAAAAUAGUGAUUCUAUAGAUACAGUAACUCAGGGAUGUUUCAAGAAAUAAUUGCAAUCGCAUUUCUCCACUUAAAUGUGGAUGUGGGAGAAGGAGAAAUGUUGUUUUUGGUAAACCUCUCUGCUUUUACCCUGGCUGAAUAUUUAAUAUAGUGUUACUCCAGCACAGCACUGUAUUUAACCAUCAAAAGCUUUCCAUUUUGCUGGGAAAAUGUAACUCACUCUUGGCUUGCAUUUCUCGAUUUGCUCAUUCCACAUGAGGCUGGGUUGCUACUUAACUAAAUAAACAGAAACUAACCCAGGGACUGGCCACUUCAGCUAAUGCAAGUUCACAUUUCAGCAGGCAGGGCUGACCACUGACCAUUCUCUUUUUAGUUUCACUAGAAGGUGUUGAUGAAUGCAUUUGCAUGUGGCAAACAUUUUGUGUUUGUUUCCAGGGCUGGGGUAGCAAUGUUAAAAGAAGAACACAGUAGAAAGUGAUUAGCGUUCCAUGCAGCUCCUGGAGAAAUUAACAUUUCUUUCCAAUGCUCACCCUGCAUGCUUCUCUGUCAGCUCCUUGUUGUCUGUGCAGCUGAUACCUUUUGCCCUCUGCAUUGCUGACAGUGCACUGGCACAUGGAGAAGUCUAAACCAGGUGAAGAGUCAGUUAAUUGCAUGCUUAAUUACACACUUAUUUUGUGCAUUCACUGCUGAAGCUAAGUCAGCAUUCUCUUUAUAUCCAUUCACUGAAACUAAAGCACACCACACGUUAAAGCUAAAAAAAAAUGGAACUCUUUCCUUCGGUUUUUUUUCUUCAUUUCUUCCCUUAGAAAACAAAGGCUGCACCAGCACUGUGAGAAACACGUGGCUCUUACACAUGUGCUUUAGAUAGGUAGGGCACAAGCCAUGUGAGCCAUGAUGUGAAGUGUGCUUCUUCCAUUUGAAUCAGUGAGAAACUCGUUACGUCUUUGAAAAACUAUGCUUGCUGUAGUAAAACCUGUGCCGGCAAUGUUCUGGCUGCGUGAAAGUUCCACUGAAAUCCAGGGGAAUCACGGGCUUCCAGGAAAGGUCAAGUCUCUUCCUGUCUCUGCUAAGUACUAAGGGAUUUCACAAUCCCAUCAGAGGCAACAGUCUUUGUCUGCUGCUUAAGAUGAAGGUGAUUCUCGGUUCUCAAAGUUUUUGUUAAGAUGCUUGUUUUUUUCCUAAUUAUCCUACAAGUCCAGCAUUGAGUUUAAAACUCAGCACACAAAUAAGGAUUACUGUCAUUAAGGUGGGUUUUUUUUCUGUUCUUUCCUCGACAUACUGCUAAUUUUCAUUUCUUUCUCAAAGCACAUGGAAUUCCACGUGCUACUUUAAAAGGCACCUGGAAGUAAAACUGGUACGGAUUUCUGAUUUGUUUUCCAGCACUGCCAGUGCCAUUACAGUUCUGGUAGCUGAUACACAAAAGAACCGACUGUUCAUAGGAGAAACCGCAGCAGCAGUGUUUGAACAAAUUUGUUCUGGCAACUGUCUGGGUUGUCUUUGUUUCCUCGCCUUCUCUUGUGUUGUUGCAGCCUUGUUGUAGCAACACAGCAGCAAUCGCACAAAUCCCCCCAAACACAGGCAGUAUUAAAUCUUACCUCUGAGAUUCACUUCUGUAAAUAAGUUUCAAAAGGCUCUGAGCUUUAGUACCAGGCUCAGAAAAAUCCUUUUGUGGAGACAUAAGGUGUAACUGUUUCUCAUUUCAGUAGCUCCAUUAGUCUAUUCUUAUUGCUGCAUUUGGAUUAAUUUACAGAAGGCUAAAUAAGGGCACUUUAUAAAAAUGUACUGUAAUAUUAGUCUGUUAUGAGCCAGAGAUUACCCUCAAUUUUAUUACUGUGACUUGUAAGGACCCCAUUAAGAUAUUUUUCAUAUUAAUCAUAGUACUGGUGUAGCUCACCUUGGCUGUUGUGCUUUCUUCCCUGCAUAGGACUGCGUGGGCAGUCCUGCUCCUGCUAGAAAACACUCUCUGAAUGAAGAGUGAUUUUCUUUUCUCCAAUCAUAUUGAUGAUUUUGAGGGAAAAAUAUUUACCCAAUUUCCAUUGGCUGAAUAACUGGAAAUAGAGGAUGGCAUAGAGUACUGGGGAGGAAAGGAAUUACAGUGCAGAAGUGUCAAAAGGACAGUUCAUCUUUACCACCUUAUUUUUAAGUGACAUGUGCUAGUUCAAAAUUUACCUAUAAUGCUGUAUUAAGUCCAUUUUCCUUUGAAAGUCAUUGAUCUUACCUCCCCACAGACAGCUUUCAGUAAGCCUCAGAAAAGCACAGGCUCCAGUUCUGCAUGCCUAUGGCAGGACUCACUGCUUUAUGCUGUACAAGGAGUGCCUCCCUCAUUUUUUCCUUCUAAUUAUAUCUGAUAUUAAAUUGAAGUCUGCUGCUAUGAAUGAGCUGAACUGCUCAUAGCUGAACAGCCCAGGUGCUGAUGAUUCCCUUUCUCUUAUGAAUGGGCUCCCUGGCACAGGGCUCUGUGCUCUCCCUUGGCUGUGCCCACCAUCCCAGCAAUAUCUCCCCUUGGCUGGGGGAGGCUUGGUGGCUUCCCAUUACUGAAUCAGUACAAAUGCUGAUGGGUAAGGUGGUUGUGCUUUUGCAGCUAGAGUUCUUACAGAAAACCCAUACUCUGAACAUGAAAAAAUCCUAGAGCAUAAGACUGAGUCACUGAGUAGGUCUCUACUAGCCCAAGAUGGAAACAGCCAACAAACUAACACUGGAUUGGGAGAAGCAGGAAGACUUGUGAGAUUUCUUGCUUCGCCCAAACCUUAAUCCGCUUUCAUCUCUAUCGGUGUUUUGCUACGGAGCCAAUGCUGCUGGAUGCUGCAGCAUCCAAUCCUUCUAGUAUGAUUGUUCAAAAUUCAGGAGCCCUGCAAUUGUUUUUAAUGACACUUUGUGGCAUACACCACUACAUGAAGGGAAACUGUCAUAGACAGCAUCGCACAACCUGGAUUGUCUGGUACCUGUAUAUCGUUAUGUACAUAAAUAGGGUAGCGUGCAGGGAUUUUUCUAUCUUUCUUUUCUAUUUCUUUUCUACAGUUUUUAAAAGACUGUGUGCAAACUGUGUUUACAAAUUGAUUUUGCAGUCGCUAUUGUGGAUUGUGGCAUGUCCAUUUUGGUGUUAUGCAUGGGCUUGUGAGUCCUUGUGCACUACAGGUUGUCCUUCCUUCUUAAAGACAAUUGCAUACAUUCCUACCCAACAUAUCCUGCCCCUUUCUUAAAUAUAGCCCAUUUCCUAUGAUCCGGUGUGAACUGUAGCUUCUAGAAUGCAUGAGAAAAAGCUGCAUAUGUAUUUAUAUUGUUAAAUACACUAUACUCAGUACUGAUUCAGUUAUUAAUAUAGGCUUUAGGGGUUUGUACUUGUUCUCUGGAAACUACAGUGUAGACUGAACUAAAUUACCUAGUAUCUGUAAUUUACAGACUCUAAUAUUUUCUUAUAUUUUCUAUAUGACCUUGUAUGAUAGAUAGGAAGGUAGUCCUUUAAAGCUGAUCUUAGAACAAAACCAGUUUUCUCAUAACAUUUAGGAUCAAUGAAAUACUUCUGUGAUAUGCUUAGUGAUGAAUUAUAAACAAAGCACAAAAUGCAAGAAGCAAAUAGGAAUUUCAAGAUGUCCUCAAAUGCUGCAGUUCAUUAUGGAACAAUGUUAUAAUAACCUGAACAAUCUUUUAGAUUGACUGUCUUGGGCAAUCGCCCCUCAUUUUUGUCAUUUUUCCUGGUGUUACCUUUGCCAAAUCCUGCAGAUUUUUCUUAGGACCUGAUCAUGUAUAACUGACUGACUCAUACUACUGAUUAAAGAAAAUUGUACAUCUGGGUAGGCAAAAAAUAGGUACCCAGUCCAUCGUGCAACAGUGCAAUGUACAUGAGUUCAGCCUGCAGAAAGACUUCAUGACUUGGCCACCUAUGUUUGCCUUCUUGAAAGGGGACCAACAAAACCACCAUGGGACCAAUGCAAUUGGGUAGCAUCCAUAGAAAUACCUCCUGCUUUCUUAUGUCUUUAAAGAGAUCAGACACUAUAUUUUUUGACUAGGACAAGUGGAAAUUUCUCCUCUUUUACUGCUCUCUGUUCCCGUUAGACAAAUUCCUGUUGGCGUUUAAGGCCGUGGCUACAAUUAUUUUUAUUUACAGAACAAAGAACUGUUUGGAGUGGAAUUAAAAUAUACAUAUAUAUAUAAGUAUUAAUAACAAUUGUAUCACGUGUAGUUUUCUUUAUGGCCAGCUAGCUCCUUGAUUCAAAGCAAAACAUUGAGAAGCAAAUACUACUGUCCCAGUGUAACUGAUACUUGCUAUCUCUCCACUUAUUCAGAACUCUGUGGGGCCGUCUUAUUCUGCUGAGGUUUUGGAGGCUAAAUUUCUAGUAGAUAGUCAUGUAGGAAGAUGUGUUGAUGUACCCUUGUAUUAUAAUCUUUCUUGUACUUUAGAUCACUUGUACCAGGUAUUAAUAAGAACUGCAGGUAGAAUAGUUCAAAUAGCUGUAAAACCUUAUUGUUACCAGUUCUGACAUUUUGUUGAAGCAUGAUGUCCAGUGCCUCUCUGCACUUAGUGUAGAUAAUGUAGCUAUCAAUGUGUAAUUUCAGUGAAAUGGUGUGUACAGUAUGGGUAGUGGUGCAUUAAUUUAAUUUAAUUGGUCAUUGUGUACUGAGCCAUCGUAGGAAAUUAGGCUGACUUUCAAAAUUCUGUUCUACUUUUGGGUUUUGUUCUUUUGUCUGGCAUUUUCCUUCUGGCCAUUUAACUGAGUCGGUUUCAUAGCUUAGUAGCUGCUUUAUCAGUUGAUUAUGGACUAUUCUGUUCUGAUAACAUUCAGAAUAACGUAUGCAGCCAACUUAUUGUAAAUAUCUUGUUCUAGUUUUCAGCUCUCUGACUGGCAUGGUACAUGUCAGUACCUGCAUGUGUGUGUUUCCCUGGUAGUGAGAGAAAGUGAUGCCAGCAUCAAUGUGCUGGCUCAUGAGUGCACUUGUUAUGACACUAAGAACUAAUGCACACAUGGAGUGAUUCGUUUUUUUGUUCCUUCUUGUUUGCUUGACAUGUUGGGACUCUAGCACCAGAAGUUCAGUAAGCCACUGUUUAAAUUAGCACAAUGAGCAAGGGGAAAAUCAAUUUUUCCUGCUAGGUGCCCUCUCUGCUAUUUGUGCAGUGUGUGACUCAUGGGCAGGGAUCCACUGCUUUUGACAUUGUUUGAAAAGGAUAUUGAUAGGAAAAUAUGCUAGAAAAUACUGCUGGAAAUAAGUGCAGAGCUAAGUGCUUCUUGAACCACUGUGGUUGAAGUCCAGGGGACUGUUUUUUACAAGAAGUAGGUCUGAUCCUACAGCAGACGUGAACUGUGUAUUCAGUGGCAAAAUUCUUCAGAACUAAGAGCUAUGAUUGAGAUCUGUAAGAAAGUGACUUUUCUGGGGCGGAAGCUGAAGGUGGUUCUGAAAGAGUUUGGGUGGGAAGGCAAACAAAAGCUGGUUCAUGCCCAAGGUACCUGAGUCUGGUUCUCAUAAAUAUGUUCUUGCCCCAUUAAGUGGAAAGUGAUCAAAAUCAAGUCCCAAAGCACAGGAAGUAUCCUUGGUGAGUCCUCCUACGGUGUUUCAGUGUGAAUCACAACGUAUGGGACGGCACACUGCCUGCUCCUGCUGCUGAUACCCUUUGCCUCCUCUUAAAAGUGGAGGAGAGUCACGAGAUGGAAUAUUUUCAUAUGUUUCACCUGAAAGGAAUAAAAAGCAAUAGGAAUGGGAUUGGUUCUUUUUGUUUCUCUCAAGAAGUUCCCCAGAUUUUGAAACAUACUGUACAGUAACUAUAGCACACUUUAUUAACUAAUGAAUGCAGAUGAUAAAAUUUCUCCCAACUCCGGGCUCUGUUCUUGUAUAUUGUAGCUGGAAUGCUUUGUAGACUAAUUCUAUUUUUGUAGUUCAGACCUUUACAGUUAUCUGUAGUCAUUUGGUUUUAAUGCUUUCUUACGGUGUGAACUGAUUUCUGUAACUUUCAUGUAUAAAACAAACUGGACAUUCUUUCUAUACUGGAAAUAGUCGCGAAUAUAAUAUUUCACUAAGUGUUGUACCUCUUCUGUAUAUAUCAUCAAUAAAUGUUGAUUCCUAA